CAAUAUUAGGCCCAGAUCUGCAACGGACCCCAAAACCUCGACUGCAACCGCAUCUCCUCUCCUCUCUUGGCCGCCCUCUCCGUCGCCGCCGGCCUCCUUCAACCGAAGACGGCAGCCAGCCGCCCGCAGUACUCCGCACCUCGCAACGUGCUCUUUCCGUUGAAUUCUAGCUGCUUUGAAUAUGGAGGCGCUGCUUGGGAGCAACAACCAUGUGGAGGCGAAGGCAGCUGAUUUCGCCCAGCUGCUCGUUGCUGAGGUCGCCUUGGAGGUGCAAAGGUCGCUUGUUGGGCUCGUGGCCGUGAUGCUGUCACUGCACCACAAGAUAUUUACAUCUGCUGAAGAGAAAGAUUUGAUUAAUAGGAUUCUGGGUAAAAGCAAAACUGAAACUGCACCUGAGAACAAGGAUGAUGGUGAGUCUGAUGAUGAUAAUGAGGAGGAGGAGGGAGAUGAUGAGGAUGCUGAAAACCAAGAGGAAGAUGAUGGUGGCGAAGAAGGAUCAGAUGAUGACGGAAACGAGGAGGAGGAGGAGGAGGAGGAGGAUCCUGCAGCCAAUGGUGAAGGAGGGAGUGAUGAUGAUGACGACGGUGGAGAUGAUGAAGAAGAGGACGGCGAUGAUGAUGGGGAUGAUGACAAUGAGGAGGAGGAAGAAGAAGAGGAAGAGGAGGAGGAGGAGGAUGACGACGAUGUCCCCCAACCACCUACCAAGAAGAGAAAAUGAUCAAUGGCUUAGAGCGGGUACCUUGUGUGCAGGAAAUGCAGCCUUGUUCGUCACUGCAUAGCAGCCUACUGGUUAGUGAGUAGGGGUUUUUAGCUUGCUCGUUGUCACGGACGAUUCAUAGUCUAGUUUGCAAACAAAAGAGAAACAUUUAAUUGUGCAUGUACUAUUAAACCAUUCCUUUAAUCCUGUAUCACAGAUUGCUAUCAACCCCUCCUGAUACUCUGAAUGGUUUAUAAAUCAUGUUUGCUUCAAUCC